AUGUCUGCUGUUGAUGUUGCUUUGAAUCCCUUUAGCGAAGAGACAUUGAGGUCGGCUGGUUAUAUCGAUAGCCGUUUGGCCCUUUGUCCGAGUGAGUCAAUUGUAAUAUACAUCAUUGUCUCUGGUUCCUUGAUUCCCAUUCAUGUGAUGGAAUCGGACUCAAUUGCAUCGGUGAAACUGAGGAUUCAGACAUGUCGAGGGUUUGUAGUCAAGAGGCAGAAACUAGUUUUUGGAGGCAGAGAGUUAUCAAGAAAUGAUUCACUCGUUAAGGACUAUGGUGUCACUAAUGGGAAUGUAUUGCACUUGGUCUUGAAGCUUUCAGAUCUUCUUUUGAUCAAUGUUUGGACCACCAGUGGGGAAGAAUUUGAAUUUCAUGUUGAUAGGCAUAAGAACAUAGGGCAUCUAAAGCGUAGGAUUGCCAAGAAAGGGAAAGAUUUUGUCAGUCUUGAGGAUCCUGAGCUCUUCUGUAAUGGUGAGAAGCUCGAGGAUCAGAGGCUAAUUGAUGAUAUUAGUAAGAACACUGAUGCUGUGAUUCAUUUGGUAGUUCAAAAAUCUGCAAAAGUUUGGGCUAAGCCUGUAGAGAAGAACGUUGAAAUCUCCAUUGUGGCUACAAACUCAAACGGGAGGACAGGUGAUGAACUACAAGUCUUACCUAGUAAACCACCUGAUAAGAACUCUCUGUUGGAACCAAUCAUCGUUAAUCCAAACGUGAAGUUCCCUUCAUUUGUAUGGGAUAUGAUUAACUCGGCAUCUGAUGGAUUGGAAAAAGCAAGACAACCAGUCAGAUCGUCGGAGGGUAUGGGAGGAACUUAUUUCAUGCAAGACGUUUCAGGCAACAAGUACGUUGCCAUUUUUAAGCCCACGGACGAGGAGCCAAUGGCUGUGAAUAACCCUCAUGGUCUACCUUUAUCGGCCAAUGGUGAAGGAUUGAAAAGGGGAACCCGAGUUGGAGAAGGUGCAUUGAGAGAAGUUGCAGCUUACGUAUUAGACCAUCCGAAGACAGGUCCUAGGUCAUUGUCCAGUGGAGAAAUUGGCUUUUCUGGUGUACUGCCAACAGUAAUGGUCAAAUGCAUGCACAGAGGAUCUAUUAAGAUAGGUUCAAUGCAGAUGUUCAAGGAAAAUUUUGGAAGUUGUGAAGAUAUGGGUCCUCAAAAUUUUCCUGUGGAGGAGGUGCAUAAGAUCAUUGUCUUUGAUAUAAGAACAGCAAAUGCAGAUAGACAUGCUGGGAAUAUUCUGUGGAGCAAAGACAACGGGGAAGAAGGGAGAAUCAUCCUUAUUCCAAUUGAUCAUGGCUACUGCUUGCCUGAGAGUUUUGAAGAGUGCACAUUUGAUUGGCUGUACUGGCCACAAGCCCGCCAGCCUUUUUCCUCGGAAACCAUUGAGUACAUAAAAUCACUGGACGCGGAGCAAGACAUAGCACUUCUCAAGUUAUACGGAUGGGACCUUUCACCUGAAUGUGCUCGUAUUCUCCGUGUCUCUACCAUGCUUUUGAAAAAAGGGGUGGAGAAAGGCCUUUCUCCCUUUGCAAUUGGCAGUAUUAUGUGCAGAGAAACAUUGAACAAGAAAUCCUUGAUCGAGGAAAUUGUUGGGGAAGCUGAGGAUUCCAUGCUUCCCGGCAUGAGUGAAAUUGCGUUUCUUGAAUGUGUGUCAAAGAUCAUGGAUAGUGUGUUUGGCAAACUCAUCAAAUGA